AAAAAAAAACUCCCAAAUCCGGCGGCCGUUUCUCCUUCCUCCCGCUCCCGCGUGCGCGAGCCCUCGGAAUCGGCGCUCCCGCGGCCGGUUCCCACCCUAUAAAACGCGGGAUGCCAUGCCCCGGUCGGGCGAACGGAGCGGAGGAGUGGCAUGGCCGCGCACGGCAGCGGGGAUGGAAGGGAGGCGGAGAAAAGGGAGGUGGGGCUGCACCGGCUGUUCCGGUUCGCGGACGGCGCGGACGCGGCGCUCAUGGCGGCCGGCGCGGCGGGGGCCAUCGCCAACGGCGUGGCGCAGCCGCUCAUGACGCUCGUCUUCGGCGAGGUCGUCGAUGCCUUCGGCUCCGGCUCGCGCCACGACGUCCUCCACCGCGUCUCCGGGGUGUGCCUGAAGUUCUUCUAUUUGGCUAUUGGGUCAUGGUUUGCUUGCUUCCUCCAGGUUGCAUGUUGGAUGAUCACUGGAGAAAGACAAGCUGCUCGCAUACGAGGCCUCUAUCUUGCAGCUGUACUGAGGCAAGACAUUGCAUUUUUUGACAAGGAGAUGACAACUGGACAAUUGGUUGAGAGGAUGUCUGGAGAUACGAUACUUAUCCAGGAUGCAAUAGGUGAAAAGGUCGGGAAGUUCAUACAACUUGCUGCCACAUUUGUUGGGGGAUUUGUGGUUGCUUUUUCCAAAGGAUGGCUUUUAGCAGCUGUUAUGCUGUCAAGUAUCCCUCCUAUAGUAAUUGCUGGAGCAGCUAUGUCAUGGACUGUAUCCAAACUGUCAACCCAGGGUCAAGCUAAGUACAAUGAAGCAGGGAAUGUUGUUGAACAGACAAUUGGAGCCAUCAGAACAGUUGCUUCCUUCAAUGGUGAGAAUCGGGCCAUUGCGCUAUACAAUAAAUAUAUUAGGAAUGCAUAUGUAUCUGCUGUCCAAGAAGGCACGGCUACUGGCCUGGGCUUUGGUUUCGUUAUGUUUAUCCUGUUCUGCAGCUAUGGUCUGACAGCAUGGUAUGGGGCUAAAUUGAUUAUUGAUAAAGGAUAUGAAGGAGGGCAGGUUGUCAGUGUCUGGAUGGCAUUCAUGACAGGUGCAGUGUCAUUAGGUGAGGCAACUCCGUGUGUGACUGCUUUUGCUUCCGGGCGGGCUGCUGGAUAUAGAAUGAUGCAAAUAAUUCAAAGGAAGACAGAAAUUAGUACUAAUGGAACAGAUGGCAUCGUGCUAGGAAAUAUCAAGGGUGAUGUAGAGCUGAGGAAUGUGUACUUCUCCUACCCAUCUAGGCCUGAUCAAUUGAUAUUUGAUGACUUCUCGUUGCAUAUCUUCUGUGGAAUGACAAUGGCUAUAGUGGGAGAGAGUGGCAGCGGAAAGUCAACAGUGAUUAAUCUUGUGGAAAGAUUCUAUGAUCCUCAGGCUGGUGAAGUUUUGAUAGAUGGUGUUAACAUAAAGAGCCUGAGGCUUGGAUGGCUAAGGGAAAAGAUCGGUCUUGUCAGUCAAGAACCACUAUUGUUUGCCACUAGUAUCCGGGAGAACAUUAUCUAUGGUAAAGAAGACGCAACAUCUGAGGAGAUAAUGGCUGCUACAAUGCUUGCUAAUGCAGCAAAUUUCAUUGACAAUUUACCUAAUGGCCUAGACACAAUGGUAGGUGAGCAUGGAGCACAACUGUCUGGUGGGCAAAAACAAAGAAUUGCGAUCAUGAGAGCAAUACUGAAAAAUCCCAAAAUCUUGCUGCUUGAUGAGGCAACAAGUGCACUAGACAUGGAGUCUGAGAGAGUGGUUCAGGAGGCCCUUGAUAGAAUCAUGCGAGACAAGACCACGAUCAUAGUUGCCCAUCGGCUGAGCACCAUAAAAGAUGCUGACAUUAUAUCAGUCAUACAUCGUGGGAGAGUAGUUGAACAAGGUGCGCACACUGAAUUACUGAAGAACCCCUAUGGUGCAUACUCCCAGCUUAUCCAGCUGCAGGAUAUAACUGGAGAACCACAUGCAUCUUAUGUGGAUUAUCAACGUUCUAUUUCAACUGUCCGAAGUUCCAAGUCCAUCAGCAAAUCUAUACAUUGUGCAUCUCUCAAGAAAUCAAUAAGUGGAGGCACUUCAUUUGGGAGUACCAGCAUGCAAUUAAUCACUGCUGCCAGCAUGAUUGUCCCGGAGAGCACACAUGGUGAACUACGCUCCAAGGUAUCAGAAGACAGUGAAGAGCGCAGGAAGGUGCCCCUCUCUCGGCUUAUUUCUCUGAAUAAACCCGAGAUACCAGUCCUUCUGUUAGGUACAGUGGCUGCAGUCGUAUCAGGUGUUCUCUUCCCAAUGUUAGGUGUCCUGAUCUCCAGUUCCAUAAAUUCAUUCUAUGAGCCACCACAUCAACUCCGGAAAGAUUCACGUUUCUGGACAUUGAUGUAUGUAGCAUCAGGAGUUGUUUCACUUAUCUCUUUUCCAGUGGAAUAUUUCCUAUUUGGAGUGGCUGGUGGGAAAUUGAUUCAGCGCAUCCGUUCUUUAUCGUUUGAAAGAAUCGUGCAUCAGGAAAUCAGCUGGUUUGAUAAGCCCUCAAAUGCUAGUGGAACCAUUGGUGCAAGGCUGUCUGUUGAUGCUUCAAAUAUACGGCGUCUUGUUGGUGAUUCAUUGGCAUUGUUGGUUCGAAGCACUGUUACAGUUCUUGCUGGAUUUAUCAUUGCAAUGGUUGCAAAUUGGAGGCUUGCCCUUGUUGCCACAGUAGUGCUUCCUUUGGGGGGUCUCCAAGGAUUUCUUCAAAUAAAGUUUUUGGAGGGAUUCAGCGCGGAUGCCAAGGCAAUGUAUGAAGAAGCAACUCAAGUAGCACAUGACGCUGUCAGCAGUAUUCGAACUGUUGCUUCCUUCUGUGCUGAGCAUAAGGUAAUGAAGACAUACUAUAGAAAAUGCAAAGCUCCAGUGCGACAGGGGAUCCGUCAGGGCAUUGUUAGUGGCUUGGGUUUUGGCGUAUCGUUCUUCGUACUGUACUCUACAUAUGCCCUUUGUUUCUACGUUGGAGCAAAGUUUAUGCUUGAUGGCAAGGCCACAUUCACUGAAGUAUUCAGAGUGUUCUUUGCUUUGCUCAUGGCAACCAUAGGCGUUUCACAGACAAGUGCGCUGGGUUCAGAUUCUGCCAAGGCCAAGGAAUCAGCAUCAUCAAUAUUUGCACUCAUUGACCGUAAAUCGGAGAUCAAUCCAAGCAGCGACGAUGGCAUGGUCUUGGUUGACGUCGUUGGUGAACUCGAACUCCGUCACCUCUGCUUCUCAUAUCCAUCCCGCCCUGAUGUACAAAUAUUCAGAGAUCUGAACUUGAGAAUACCAUCAGGAAAGACGGUUGCCCUUGUUGGAGAGAGCGGCUGCGGCAAAUCCACCAUCAUCGCGCUCCUGGAGAGAUUUUACGACCCUGAUUCAGGCACGGUCACGUUAGAUAGCGUGGACAUCAAGAACCUCAAGGUCGGCUGGCUGCGGCGGCAGAUGGGGCUGGUGAGCCAAGAGCCCGUCCUGUUCCAUGACACCAUUCGCGCCAACAUCGCGUACGGUAAAGAAGGCGAGGCGACGGAGGAGGAGAUCAUCGCCGCCGCCAAAGCCGCGAACGCGCACCAGUUCAUAUCGGCGCUGCCUCAGGGCUACGGCACCCUCGCCGGCGAGAGGGGCGCCCAGCUGUCCGGCGGGCAGAAGCAGCGGGUGGCCAUAGCGAGGGCCGUCCUGAGGGACCCGAGGAUCCUGCUGCUCGACGAGGCAACGAGCGCACUGGACGCCGAGUCGGAGCGCGCCGUCCAGGAGGCGCUUGACCGGGCGGUGGUUGGCAGGACGACCGUCGUGGUGGCGCACCGGCUGUCGACGAUCAGGGGGGCCGACGUGAUCGCCGUGCUGAAGAACGGUCAGGUUGUCGCCCAGGGGAGGCACGAGCAGCUGAUGGCGUCAAAGGACGGCGUCUACGCUCCGCUGGUGGAGCUCCGCAUGAGGUCGGAGCGUGGCGGAGUCUCCUCGUCAGGGUGAGCAUCCUAGAUGAAACUGUGCGUAGGGCCCACCUAUCAGCCACCGCCUUUAAAUCUCUCGCAAAGGCUUUUGUCCAUACUUCAUAAGCAUAGGUGCUUACAUUACAUAAUACGUGUGUUUAGCUUUGUACAGGAACGCUGUACAAUUUUGUGCAUAGGAUAGAACGUAUCGUGUAAAAUACCGAGCACUUAAAUAUUACCUUCGUCA